ACUCAAUCAACUGACCAAUCAUCAUCAUCCUCCCAAAUUGAAGAGCACCACCAUCUCUAUUCUCCUCUUCUCGUCUCUCCUUCUCUCUCUGCGCAAAUCAUCGCAAGAGCGGACCGCCGGAGCCGACGAUCUGUCAAACUCCGACCAAAACCCUACCUUUCUGUCUCCUCUCCCGAAAUCUUCUCAAUUUCUGCGAACUUUUAGUUAAGGAUUGGUCGGCUUUGUAUUAUUGAAUUGUGUUUUUACUAGAGAAAGCAGUGAAUUUUGGAGCUUUGAAGGCUCUAAGUUGACUCGUUGAGUCAAGCCUCCGAGUUCGCUCAGUCUGUUUCCUUCUGCGAAUGGUUUGAGGCGUUUGUAAGAAGGUGGUGCAGUUGAGCCAUGGGCAGUAGUGAGAUGGACAAGUCCUCUAAGGAGGCAAAGGAAGCAAAGGAGUCAAAGACUCCUCCUCAGGAGCAGCCAUCUGCUCCAAGUACUGGAACUCCAGACUGGUCUGGCUUUCAGGCAUAUUCACCUAUGCCUCCGCAUGGUUUCUUGGCAUCAAGUCCCCAAGCGCAUCCCUAUAUGUGGGGAGUUCAGCAUCUUAUGCCACCCUAUGGUACUCCACCUCAUCCAUAUGUAGCAAUGUAUCCCCCUGGUGGCAUAUAUGCUCAUCCAUCCAUUCCUCCGGGAUCUUAUCCAUUCAGUCCAUUUGCAAUGGCUUCCCCGAAUGGUGUGGCAGAAGCUUCUGGUAACACUCCUGGAAACAUGGAGGUGGAUGGUAAGCCAUCUGAAGGGAAAGAAAAGCUUCCUAUUAAAAGAUCUAAGGGAAGCCUUGGAAGUCUGAACAUGAUUACUGGGAGGAACAAUGAACCUGGUAAAACUGCUGGAGCAUCGGCCAAUGGUGCUUACUCUAAAAGUGGCGAGAGUGCAAGUGAUGGUUCAAGUGAAGGAAGUGAUGCCAAUUCUCAAAAUGAGUCACAAAUGAAGUCAGGACAGAGGCAAGAUUCAGCCGAGACAUCCCAGAAUGGAAGUGCUGCUCAUGGUUCACAGAAUGGUGGACCCAACACACCUCAUUCUAUGGUGAACUCUGUGCCUAUGGUGCCAAUUUCGGCACCUGGGGCUCCUGGAGGUCUUUCUGGUCCCGCCACUAAUUUGAAUAUUGGAAUGGACUACUGGGGAUCUGCUGCUUCACCUACUGUUCCUGCAAUGCGUGGGAAGGUGCCCACUGCACCAGUUGCAGGGGGAAUGGUCACUGGUGGGAGGGAUGGCGUUCAAUCACAGCUUUGGAUACAGGAUGAAAGGGAGCUCAAAAGGCAGAGAAGAAAGCAGUCUAACAGAGAAUCUGCUCGUCGUUCCAGGUUGCGCAAGCAGGCGGAAUGUGAUGAACUAGCCCAGCGAGCUGAAGCUUUGAAAGAAGAAAAUGCCUCUCUUAGAGCAGAAGUGAAUCGUAUCAGGAGCGAGUAUGAUCAACUCCUGGCUCAAAAUGCAUCUCUGAAGGAGAGACUCGGUGAAGUCCCUGGGCCAGACGAUCCAAGAUCUAGUAGGAAUGAGCAGCAUGCGGGCAAUGAUGCCCAACAUUCUGGGCAAGCAGAACCUCUGCAAAGAGGGCAAUGAAGAUUUUAGCUGCAAAAUGAUUUCUAGGGGCUUAACCUAACAACUUAGUAGGGCAUAGUAUGUAGUUUAAAAUUCGUUGGAGCUGACCUUUGUAGUAUUUUGUCUAAUACCCUCCCCAUCAUAUCUUGGGUCGACCAAUCUUUUAUGGUCUGAGAUUCCCAUUGAUGGCAUCAUGUAGAGCGAGCGGGUGAUCCGUGUUGCACCCUUGUUCUGUGACAAGAGGUAGUAUCCCCAUUUAUCUAAGAUCCGUAUGUACUAAUUAUGGUUGAUGGAUCGACGAAUAAGCAUAAUGUAUGGGAUAUGAGAUUGCCUUUAUAUUAAAAUUCUGGGCUUUUGCUUUUGUACA